AGGUUCCAGGUUGUACGGAAGACCUUCUUGAUGGUCGGAUCGGUGCGCUGCUUUGGGGCUCUUGUUCACAAUUUUUGAUGAUUUCUAGAAAUUUUCGCGCAUACAACAACGAUCAAAUCACAUAUAGACUGAUAAUUCUUGACAUUUUCCAUAACGAACGAUUGACGCUGUCGCUGACCAUUUUUACCAAUUCUUCGUUAUUCUGAAAAUUUUUCUUUUAUCUUCGACUUUGACUUUGUUCAUGUCAAUAGUCUUCAUGUAUGCAUGUAUCUACCUUAAAAAUCUUGGUUCUGUUUAAGUUAUAGUAUACAGCAUAGUCUCUGUCCUUGAGAAAUAAGUUUUGGAGUAUUUUUCUCGCCGAUUUGCGUGACGUAGCUUUUCUAGAUGAAUUCUUGAACCGAAUAGCACAUAGCGAUAGUCCAGCAUAAGGCAUCUCAGUAUUGACGUUUGUGCUGUGGGUCUUACUCCAAGGACAGAGAGUCAGAGAAAUGUACGGUAGUAUGCACAGUCCUCAAGGCGCUACAGCGCCGCACACCUCGAUCGACUUGCGCCAGGUGGCGCAGUUCGAGGUGGCACGUGUGGAGCGUGCUUUUUUGCGAGAACGCGCCCGACAGAUCUGGGAUACGAAUAAGACGAGUUUUUAUUGGCCCUACGUGGAUCAGGUUCAUUUCGGGCGCACCUACGCCAAUGCUCCCCGGUGCUUGGAUCCUCGACUGCGCAGUACCGGUUACGAGUACGCCAAGACGCGUCCGGAGAUGGGGUACACGCUAACACCAAGAGAAAAUUCUCUGCACGCCAAGCGAUCGCAGAGUCGGAGCAAGCAGGGACUUAGCAGGUCAGUUUCGGAAAUCUUUGAUUCGCAGACACUGCUUAUGCGUACGGAAGAAACAGUUCCGGACCUGCGUCCGAUCGGGACACCUAGGAAAAAGUUGGAGCAGCUGGUGGAAAAACGCUUCGCGGAUCAACAUGAACGAAAAAGACAACGAAGUAGGGCAGCAGCAGGACUGGACAUUGAAAGCGACACAAUUGGAGCAGGUCAACGAGAGAGUUGUGCGGAAUCCUCAGUACCUUUGAGUCGAUCAUCAUCAAGGGAUGCUCCGCAUCACACAGGAAGUGUCGAUCCUUCGGACUUUCUUGCUGCUGGAUCAAGGGCAACGUCAAAAGGGGAAGUACCCACUGGCAAUAGUCUAGACCACGCUAGCAAUGGUCUACUUCAACCUCAUCACGUGUCCUUCGGAGACACGCUCGACUCUAUGCAGCCCUUUACAACGACAUCCUGCAUCUUACCUUCAACAUCGUCGGGCAGGUCGUCCGGUAACGGGCGGAGCAACAGACCCCGUCGUUCGAGUUCGCACACACCAAAAGACAACAAGCGACCGCAGACUGCCGACCGAUCAGCGUCAGCCUCGCCAAAGUCAAGAAAUCCAUCAGGAGGCUUCGCCCACACAAGGGAGCAAAGAGAGUACUACAAGAAAUUUUGUGAUGUUGCUUUUUUACAGCAUCCAUCGAUGUGAAAGGAUGGAAUAGAUACAAAUACGUUAUCAUUCACAUCUAACGAAAAAUCAUGUUCAUACCUCUGGCUUUGGGGGCCCGCUUUGCAUCCUCUGCAGAAGAGCUACUUAAUCUUUGACUUUCUUCUUUAAUAUCGUAUCAAGCAUUCAAAUUCAAUUCCCAUCUCUCAGGAAGCGUCCUGAUACUGCUCCGUGUCAUUCACGGCCACUGCAGUGGCAUGAGAAUCACGGGCAGACGGUGAGUCCGAGUCGUGUUGGAUGUCGCUGUUACGGCCAAUAUUCGCAGGACCCGAGAGUUGUGCACGAUCGGCCACUCAACAUCAAUAUGAUUGAGGAACUUUGGGACGACUGA